CUCUCUCUCCCUCCCUGUGACGCGCGCGCUGUCAGUUGGCAGCUCGCGUCGCGCGGGGCUCAGGUCCACUCGCGCCGUGUCUUCUCAGGAGAAGGUGCGCGGCUGCAGGAGAGCUGCUACGCUGGAGCAGAUUUUAAGGGAUUUACGACCGACUAGACCUCUUUAUCUUUCGUCUUUUCAACACAAGCAACACUUGUCACUAAAGGGAGCGAGGGAGACUUCAGAAAAAAUGCUGAUUUGUCGGUGGUGGUUGCAGAGCGGUCACUAGGUCACAGCUGUCUGUCAAGGCCAAUAUGGAACGAGAGGGCUCGUUCAGGAGGAGUCUCCAAAAUAAGCUGAGGUUGGGCAGCGGCUCAUCUUCCAGUCUGACAGACCUCUCACAAGCAAAAACUCCUGGAGGAGGCGAUAAGGGAGGAAUAAGUGGUGGACUGUCAGAGGAGAGCAGCAAAGACAAAGGGACACAGCAGAGAAGAGCCGGGGCCAAUGCCACCUGGAACAGCAUCCACAACGCAGUGAUAUCAGUUUUCCAGAGGAAGGAUCUGGGGGAAAAUGAACUCUACACUCUGAAUGAAGGUGUCAGGCAGCUGCUGAAGACGGAGCUGGGCUCCUUCUUCACUGAGUACCUUCAGAACCAGCUGCUCACUAAAGGCAUGGUCAUACUGAGAGACAAGAUACGCUUCUAUGAAGGUCAGAAGUUGCUGGACUCCCUGGCCGACACAUGGGAUUUCUUCUUCGGAGAUGUUCUGUCCAUGCUGCAGGCUAUCUUCUACCCUGUACAGGGAAAAGAGCCAUCUGUUCGUCAGCUGGCUCUGCUCCACUUCAGGAACAUCAUCACCCUCAACCUGAAACUGGACGAGGCUCUGUCUCGACCCCGAGCCAGAGUCCCUCCCUCUAUCAUACAGAUGCUGCUAAUACUGCAGGUAGGAGUCCAUGAAUCCAAAGGUGUAACAGAUGACUACCUCCGUCUGGAGUCGCUCAUCCAGAAGGUGGUCUCUCCCUACCUCGGGACUCAUGGGUUAUAUUCCAGAGAUGGCUCCUCAAAUUUGCACUGCUCCUCCUGCCUAUUAGAAAAGCGUUUGCAGCGCUCCUGGCCCUUGAAAACGGGCAACUCCCCCGUCGCCAAGAACCCAGUGGUACGCUCCAAGAGCUACAACGUUCCCAUGCUCACCCCCGUGGUGGAGUACGAUGCCGACUCUUCCGCGGGAGGUGGCACAGGUAUCAGACGACACUCCGUCUCCGAGAUGACGUCCUGCCUGGAGGAGAGCGGCUCUGUGGCUGAAUCCAUGACCACUGCCGCCAACAACACCAGCACGUCCAGCCUCGCCAACCCCUCCCCGGCCUCCACAGCCUUUGUUGCACUUUCAGACACUGUGACCUCCAUCAAGGACCCCCGGCUUAGAGACGCCAGCAGUCCCCGCCAUCGCCAGCUACGGCAUCACUCCCCCUCCAUCCUCCCCGAGCCCUCCCCGGACGAGGACACACACUGCACGGGCUCGCUGGUGUCCGACUCCUCUGCGUCCUCCAGAGUUCUGGCUCAAGACACGAGCUCCGGCCCGAGCCCUGGUUCCAGUCCAGAGAUCAUGAUGGACAACAUCCUGGAGUCUCUGGACUCCGAGCCGGAGCACGACGGCAUCUUUCUGGACUUCUCGAGACGCUGUUCUGGAGGGUCGACACACAGCAGGGGCAGUAACAGGCAGAGUGUGGCGUGACACACACACACACACACAUCUAAAAGAAGAUACACAUGGAGUGAUGCAGGGAAGUGCAAAAAAAAACGCUGAGCCGAGACAUUCCUCACACUCUGUGAUACCUCCCGCUGUUAUAUGGAGACUUUAGACCAUCAGGGAUUCUUUCAAACUGAAUUAUUUUUAUAAUAAGAAGUCUAACCUCAUGUUGACUGGUAAUUACAUCACUUGGGCAUUUUUUAAGUGUGUGCCCCCAGUUGGAAACAUCAGCACAGCCUCUCUGGGAGGUUAUAAACAUAUAAAUCACUUUCAAACUAGACUACGGACGAGUGGUUUUGCAUUCCCAGCUGGGAUUUUUCCCUCUUUUCUCUUUUGAAUGAAAACUUUGACUACAGAAGCGUAUUAGGGCCAUUACAGGUUAAACAAAGACAAACCGAAAAAAAAAAGAUAAACUAUUCUCUGCAAUUUAAGCGGUACAAACUAGGGAUGCACGAUAUAUAUCCAUAUAUAAAGGAACAUUUGCAGCAUUUACACACAGUAUGUGGAGGUUUGCACCUUUAAAGUUAAUUUGCAAGCCACAAAUAAACAUAGAGAAGAAGACGAACAACAACAACAACAUCAACAUCAACAAUAAUGCUGUUGUUGCAUUCACUGUGACUAAGCUGUGUAAAGCAACACAAUGUAGACAAGAGCAGCACACGGCGUUGUUUUUCAAGUUCCGGAGAAAACAACACAAUCAUAACUUGCAAUACAUGUUUCACAAGUGUUCAGAGAGGAGGGAAAACACAGUAAAUUAAUUAGAGAUAAGAAUAGUAAAUCAUCCAUCUGCCUACUACAUCCUGACCUUUAUCACCCUCGAGGAUACAUAAACUGCAGGUUAUGCACUCAUUUGAAAAAUACAAAAAUGUGAAAUUAUUAUCUGUAAUUAUUAUCUGUGUUGGCUGAGAGAAUCCAUAUUGUACAUCCAUGGAGAACACUUGGGAAUUUGUGAGAAAUAUCUUUGAAUAUUCUCUGAGAUUAUAAAGUAAUCUUAAACUCCCAGAGAUUUAAGUCACACAUUUAAAAAAAAAGAAAACUUGAAUAUCCUCUGAGGUUAAAUUCACAAGAAAAAAACCUGAAGAUUCUCUGCCACUAUAAAGUCAAGAAUCUGUGAGAAACUAAAUGAUAUUCUCUCGAGGAACCACAACACUUCAAACUUUUUAUUUAUUUAUUUUUAUCCUCUAAUGGCCCUACAGCAGCCCAACAUAGAGGGGCAGGCGCACAUGCUUAAGAUGAAAAUGUUUUGUUAUUGUCAGAUGUUUCUUUAAGGCGAGGGCUAUUGAAUAGCUUCAGCUGUCAGAUUCAAACUUUUAAUACUUAAAAUGUAAAACGAGCUCCAGUUUGACCAGUGAUGCUUCUUUAUUGUUGGUUGAACUUAUUUUAUUAAAAGAUGAUACUAAUCAAAACCGA